AUGGCCCGAAACCACCUACGUGCCAUUGGCUGCGCCACCCUUGCAGCCCUCCACGUGCCUUUGCCUUGUCGGCAGAAGGAACCCAAAUCGCGACCGCCUGCGUCAUGCGCCGGGUGGCAUCCAGGGUAUGACUGGUCACACAACUCCCGACCCUUUGUCGCCCCGCGUUGGCGGGGGGCUGUCGGCCACGAUAAGGAGCCAGUGUUCCGUCGCACGGAAGUGCAGCAACACGAUGGCAGGAACGGUUCAAUCUGGGUGACCUAUCGUGAUGGAGUGUAUGAUAUCACCGAGUACUUGACAAAGCACCCUGGUGGGCAGUUGAUCCUGCAGGCAGCUGGUGGGCCGGUCGAUGGAUGGUGGAAGCACUGGGCCCAGCACCAUCUCUCUCCGGAGGUGGCGGCGGCGCUGGAGACUUUGCGCAUCGGGCGGCUGCUGGACUAUGAAGCCGAGGAGGACCUGGAGCGUUACGGAGGUGGAGCUUGGGAAGCAGAGCAGACAGCACCAGGCCGCGAGGAGUCUCGUCGGACGGGAGUGAUCCUGAGUGAGGUGCCAUUUCAGACAGAGACGUGCCUGUCGGAGAUGGCAGAAGAGUUUUUGACGCCAAAGGGGAAGCUCUAUGUGCGAAACCAUGCGCCCGUACCUGCCAUUGAAACGUCAACCGAUCAUAUACUUACCUUUGUAUCAGAGGGGGGCCCGGAAGUGGAUCUAACCCUGGGGGAGCUCCAAAAGCGAUUUCCUAGCCAGCGAAUCACUUCCAUCCUCCAAUGCACUGGAAACCGGGCAGCAGACAACAUAGUGGCAAACGGCUAUCGUAGCAGCCGCUUCGUGGGCGGAGACGGCGAGUGGAGUGGUGCCGGCAUGCUGGGAAAUGCGUCAUGGAGCGGCUUCCGCCUGGAUGAUGUUCUGCACAUGCUUUUCCCGUCAGUGAGCACACUGUCCGCAGCAGCCGUGCAGGAAUUGCAUUUGACCUUGGAGGGGGCCGACGGCUUCUACACCUCUAUACCGCUAAGUCUUGCGUUGGACAAGAGUGCCGAUUGCAUUUUGGCGACGCACAUGAACGGGGAGGAGCUAACACCGGAUCAUGGCUAUCCCGUGCGAGCACUGUUGCCAGGCGUUGCCGGCGCUCGAAACGUAAAGUGGUUAACGAAGCUGACAAUAGGGAAGGAGUCUGAUGCUCCCUGGACUGCCAACUACUACCGCGAUGCCGGGAGGUCCGCACCCAUCUUUGAUUUGCCCAUGAACUCUCUGAUCCUCUCUCCGGAGCCUGGGGCCUGGCUCGAUGCGUCGGCGAGUGCAGUGGAAGUGCGAGGCGUGGCCUACGCAGGCGGCGGCCCGCAUGCUAUCCAGGCGGUGGAGCUUUCGGCAGACAAAGGUCAGAGCUGGCAGCGGGCGACCUGCCUUUUCGAGGAAAUCCCAAAAGAUGACCGGCGAGGUCCCUGUCGGGCUUGGGUGCGCUUCGAGUCUGUGGUCCGGCUUCCGCCCAGCGGCUCCGGCGUGAGGGGCUCCGGAAAGGUUUCUGGUGCUCCUCUCACGGAGCUCUGGUGCAGAGCUCUUGAUGUUUCUGGACAUGUCCAGCCUGAGUGUUCUGGGCCAAACGAUGGCUACAUUUACAAUGGCUAUCACCGGGUUCCCUUGGUUCGAACCCUGAAGCCGCCGCUGGCAACGCCGGGUUGA